ACAACUCUCACGGGCGGAAAUCUUUGAGCAGUCAGAAAAACGCGCCAAGAUAUAUCGCGGGACUGAUUGAACACAACACAAGACAAGACAAUGGCAUCAACAAGUAAAACACAAACUCAGACAAGAAAUUUACCAUGGGUUGAGAAAUACAGACCACAGACACUAGAUGACCUCAUCUCUCAUCAAGACAUCCUGAGCACAAUCCAGAAGUUUAUCAAUGAAGACAGAUUGCCUCAUCUGCUCUUUUAUGGACCUCCAGGAACAGGAAAGACCUCGACUAUAUUAGCAUGUGCUAAACAACUCUACAAAAAUAAAGAGUUCAACUCCAUGGUCCUGGAGCUGAACGCGUCAGAUGACCGUGGUAUAGACGUGGUGAGGGGACCGAUCCUCAGCUUUGCCAGCACACGAACUAUCUUCAAGAAGGGCUUCAAGUUGGUGAUCCUGGAUGAAGCGGACGCUAUGACCCAGGAUGCUCAGAAUGCUCUAAGGAGAGUCAUUGAGAAGUUCACAGAGAACACCCGAUUCUGUCUGAUCUGUAACUACCUCUCUAAGAUUAUUCCUGCUCUCCAGUCCCGAUGCACGCGGUUUCGUUUCGGUCCACUCUCUCAGAGCCAAAUGAUUCCCAGACUAGAGUACGUCAUACAGCAGGAGAGCAUUGACAUCACUCCAGAUGGCAUGAAGGCCAUUGUGACCCUCUCAACGGGAGACAUGAGACGAUCACUAAACAUUUUACAGAGCACCCAUAUGGCCUAUGGGAAGGUGACAGAGGAGACUGUUUACACCUGUACUGGACAUCCUCUUAGAUCAGACAUUGCCAACAUACUGGACUGGGCUCUCAAUAAAGACUUCACCGCUGCAUAUAACCAAAUUCUGCAACUCAAAACUCUGAAAGGUCUGGCACUUCAUGACAUUUUAACAGAAGUUCAUCUCCUCAUACACCGCGUGGACUUCCCACCCUCCAUACGCAUGGGUUUGCUUAUAAAACUUGCAGAUAUUGAGUAUCGUCUGGCCUCGGGAACUAAUGAGAAGAUCCAGCUGAGCUCAAUGGUUGCUGCUUUCCAGGCAGUUAGAGACAUAGUAGUAAGUGAUGGAUAGACCAGGGUUGCUACAUGGAUCAAUGAUAUCAUGAGAAGAGGAAGUUCUUUAUUGGUCAGUUUUGACAAUGGUUUUGACAUAUUAAAAAAAAUAUCUGUGCUCUGAAAUCCUGUAUUGUUUUUUUAUGCUUGAAAUAAAUCUUGGUUCAGUGCUUUGGGGAAAAUAUGCAACAUUUCAAAACAAGUUAUGUAAAAAAUAAAGUCUUUGAAUAAAUAUUUGAAGUAUGA